AUGGCCAAAAUCAUCGCUUUGUCUUUCGCUCUCUUCGCCGUUUCGAGCGCUCAACUUGCGGCGUGGCCCGCCUCAUCGUACUCUCCAUACUUCGAGAGUCUCUUUGCGGCUGCCCGAACGCCGAUCAACGCCGUCCCAGCGAGAGACUCGGCCCUUCCCGUUCCACCACCCGCACCAUUGGCUCAACCUGUGUUCGCCGCGCCGCCCCCGGUGUUCGCCGCUCCACCCGUCCUCGCCGCCCCACGACCAGUGCUAGCCGCUCCCGCCUACUAUGCCGCUGCUCCCGCUGUUGCUCCAGUCCUCGCCGCCCCCGCGCCAGCCUUCGCGCCAGCCUUCGCGCCAGCCUACGCUCCAGCACCGGUCCUCGCCGCCGCUCCAGCCUUCGCUCCACCAAUGUACGCCGCCCCGGCUCUCGCCCCAGCCCCCGUCUUGGCCGCUCCAGCUCCAGCUGUUGUGCCCGCCUAUGCUCCAUUUGCCCGUGCUGCCGUCUUCUGGGGCUCAAACAAAGGAAAGAAAUUG